UGGCGCUGGCAGGUGCUAGCCUGCUCCAUUGAUUCUCCCUACGGAUUGCUGCGGCUUGCCUGGCACGGGCACUGCUCCGGUAGAUAGCGUGAACAGUGAAGGAGGCGGGCGCGUGCUCCGGGAUAAGUGCGAGGCCGGGAUCGCAGCGGCCAGCGGUUCUGCUUCGACCAGUCAGUCCGUCGCGUCGAGCCUGACCGGCCACUGCGCGCGCCACCGCAUCCACAGCGCCUCGGUCCGGCGGCGUACUCGUUGAGCCAAGCUAGCGCACGCAACGCGACCGAGGAGGCAUCAUCGGUAGUAUUCAAAGCAAGCAAAGCUUUGUGUCUCCAAGCCACGGCAUUGGAAUUUGGCCCCAAAUAAUCGACCAGACAAAGGCAAAUCCGCCUGUGGCAAGUGAAUCUAAUCCUAUAAAUCCUAGCCCUGCUCCAGCCUCCCCUAGCUGAGCUCCUGCACAUUGCCGUCCCAGUAGCCCAGCCUGGUAGCCAGUUCAGUUCCUCGGCAGCUCGGCUUGACGCCUCGCCCCUGCCCUUUAAGACCCGCACUGUGGCCUCGCUGCGGAUCAUGCUUCGCCACUGCACCGGCAGCAGCCACCACCAGAGCGUCGCAGCCGCCCCGGGCACCAUGGCGUCCACCACCUUCUCGCUCUUCUUCCCGCUGCCGCAGGCCCAGUGGCCGGUGGCGGACGAGGCCGCCGCGUUCGACGACGACCGCAGCUCCAUCACCACCUCGCCAUCGUCCCCGUCCUCCGCGUCCUCCGCGGGCUCCGUCGACUGCACGCUCUCGCUCGGGACGCCCUCGUCGCGCCGCGCCGCCGCCGCCGACCGGGCGGAGCUGGCCAGGCGCGCCGCGCAGCCGGCGUACCCGUUCGUGUCAGCGUCGCCCGUGUCGUGGGACGUCGCUGCGGAUCAGUCCUACUACUGCUGCCAGGCCAGCAAGCCCGGCGCCGCCAAGGGCGGCGCCGUGGCGCGAGCCGAGCACGACCCGCUGCUCACGGACCGCCGCUGCGCGAACUGCGGCACCUCGUCGACGCCGCUCUGGAGGAACGGACCUCGCGGGCCCAAGUCCCUGUGCAACGCCUGCGGCAUCAGGUUCAAGAAGGAGGAGCGGCGCGCGGCGGCGACGGCGGCCAUGGACCCUCAGGGCGCGUGCGGCUACGCCGCGCAGCGGGCGCAGUACGGGUACGGGCCGGCCGCCGGGAAGCAGGCGCCCGCCGCCGCGCCCUGCUACGGCGAGGGGGCCUUCCCGUGCGGCGGCGGCGACGUCGCGGACGCUGCCGAGGCGCCGUUCCUCGCGUGGCGGCUGAACGUCGUCGCGCGGGCGCCGGCGCCGGCGACCGCGUUCGGGGUCUGGCCGGAGCGGGCGGGCUUGUUCCAGUACAACUAGCGUGGGUGUAGUGCCGCCGCCUCGGUGGGGUGGGUGCACCGGUUCAUUUUUGGGGGGCGUUUUGGUGCGCGGGUGCACGCGGCUGGACUUGGCAAGGCGUAGGGUGUGGCACAGUGGGUCUUCAUGUAAUCAUUGUGUUCUGUUCAUCCAUAAAUUUAGCUGAUCGGAUUAACUAGCA